GUUACAUUAAUCUUUGAUUUGUUAGAGCGCCGAGCGGGAAUACGACUGUUUUGAAAACAGUGUUUGCAUCUGUCGUAUUUCAAAUAUGGGUGAGAGAGAGCAUCUCCUAUUCUCCCAAAAACAAGAUUUGCUGAAGAGAAGGAAGCAGUUGCUCGAUAUUAAAUUGCAAUUGCAGAAGGAUAUUCACACUACCCAACCAAUCAACUUUGGUAGCAAGUAUGGGGCACUGUCUGAAGCAAAGGCUUUAUCAAUUGCAGAUGGAUUGCAUCACAGAUUUUCAGAUGUACGGUUUCUUGAACAACUGGAGUGCCACAUGCUAUUUGGUUUGAAGGUUGUGGAUUACAAUAAAUCUAAACUGGUAGUGCAGUUCAGACCGUCUUAUCUGAAGAAGAUUCUUCCAGAGGUCUAUGCUAUAUGUCUUUUGGCAGGAAGUAAUGGUCAUUCUGUUGAGAAGUAUUAUCUACCACACUCGGUACAAAUGAGAACAGUGGUACAACGAUGGUCUCCUCUCAAACAGGACAAUUUGAAAAACUUUUUGCUAGAUAUAAAACAGCAGAUAAAUGCUUUCCAUCAUCGGCAGAACCAGCUACUGGAACUCAAGGAAUGGGCCAACAGUCAAAAUAUAACACUAAAAGUAUUCCAUCCAUUCUCAUUAAAUUAUAUUGUAAUCACUGCAAGAAUGGAUGACACUCGGAAAAUAACGAAUUGUGGAUCAGUGAAUCUGGUAAUCCAUUAUGAUUCAGAUUGUUAUCUACCAACAACAAUUGAUAUUGAGAGCCGUGAAAUGGAGGAGGAAGAAUUAGCUGUUGCAAAGGAACAGUUUACAGGCUUCAAAUUAUAUUAUUUGAGAGAAGCUUUUGAAAUAUGCUGUAUUAAAACUGAAAGAUUUUCAUUGUCUACAAAGGUAGAUGUACCAAAUGAAAACUUGAAUGAAGAGGUUAAUGAUAGCAUCUCAAUAUCAGAGGAUGUGAGCAGCGAUGCUGUCCCUGAACAAGUGAACAGAGAAAAUAGAUUGUUGUCAAUUGUGGAAGAAACAAGAAAGUCCAAAUCAGAAUUGUCAGUAAAAGGAAAAAGAAACAGAAAUGGACAUAAUAGCUCAGCAUCAUCUGAAGAAAGUAUUGCGGAAAGGAGCAUGAGUGAUGCACCUGAAAUGAUGGAAACAAGAAAGUCCAAAAUAAAAUCUUUGCCAAAAGGAAAAAGAAAAAAGAAUAAAGAUACAAGCACAUCCUUAGCUGAGGAUGAUGAUAUUGCAGAAAUGACCACAAGUAGUGCCUCUGAAAAGAUUGCUGAGUUUCAGGAAACCAAAAGGAGUUUAGGCUCAGUCUUACAGAAAGCAAAAAAAUCAAAGCCUAAAUCUUCUACCAAAGGAACGAGGAAAAAGAAAAGCCCACAUAACCAUUCCACAAACAAAGUAACAAAAGAAAUCUGUACACCUGACCAACCAAAUAAAAUUACACGUUACAUUUUAAGAAGUAAAAGAUAAUAAGUCAAUGAUGCUGUGUGUGCGUAUGUAUGUAUGUAUAAAAACCAUUUGGCAUAGCACUAUGUAAUAUAGAUGUCUGUAAAGUUGUGUUGUAUGAAGUAACAAUCUGUUACUACCCUUCUCUCUCUCUCUCUCUCUCUCUCUCUCUCUCUCUCUCUCUCUGUGUGUGUGUGUGUGUGUGUGUGUGUGUGUGUGUGAGUGUGUGUGUGUGUGUGUUUGUUUGUUAGUAAAACUUACAAAUGAUAAAAGUGAUAAAAUAUAGGUUGUCAGUUAAAAAAAUUAAUUUAAACUUUGAUGAUUUAUGAUUUUGUAAUUUUUUGUCAUUUAAUGCUACCUAUCAAAAUAAGGUAACUUGAAA